AGGGGCCGGUUCAGCACCGCCGGCCCCGGGACAGCUCCGCCCGGCCGGACUCGAACCCUGCGGGCGUUUGAACGGAAACCGGCCCCGCCGCCCGGGCUCCGCGCCCCGGGGGACGAUGGCUGCCGCGGCUGCCCGCCCGCCAGGCUCGCUCCCGGGGGCUUGCUGAGUCCAUCAGAAGAAGCAGGAUGCCAGGUUUACACUAAGCCACGGUUUCUCUAGAAAUGCCGGGGAAGUGGCUCAUCCUCCUGUCGUUAAUCAGCCAAACUCGGAGCAGCAUACGCGAUCCAUACAAGCAGGAAUGUACUAUGAGGGGAAUCCAGUGCCAUCCAAAGGCAAUUUGUCAGCAGGAUGAAGUGCAAAACUAUUUCUAUUGCCAGUGUCUGCCAGGAUAUGGAGGUGAUGGGACUAAUUACUGUCAAGACCCUGGCAUCAGCAUAACAGCACUCAAUAAAACUGCUUGUGAUGCCUUCGGAGAGCAAGUAUGUCUCAUCAGAGUAACUCCUGGAAGGAAAAUCACUUUCCAAAUCUCUGUGUCUGGGGACUACCAGCCAUACAUGAUCAGUUGGUACAAAUUCUACUCUGCCCAAGGACCCCAGUUCCAUGGUUAUCGAAGGAGGCUGGAACUGACUGCUGAGCUGUUCCCAAAGAUGGCUCUGGCCAAUCACCAUCUGGAGCUGAAGCUGUUUUCUAUUGAUGAGGAUGAUUUUUACCCAAAUAUGUUCUGGGCUGAAUUGGCCACAGCAAGGUUGCCUGAUAAACAGGCAUGGAUUGAAGCUUAUGAUUUUACUGACUUUGAGAGGUUAAAUCCCUCCCACUUGAGAUACUUUUUUGUACUGGAAAGGCUGCCAAUAGAGGUUGGUGAGUUCUUGGAAGGAGAUACCAUUACCAUACAGCUGCCUCAGUCUCUCCAUCUGUCUCCCAUCAGCUUUGUGAAGUGGACCAAGCAGCCCUCCUCCCUGAUGCUCUUUGGUUCCAACACAGUAGUGCUGGCCAAUGGGACAGAGGGGAUUGAGAUGAAAAGAGUAAGGAAUAGUGAAUUUGGUUACAUCCGAGCUCUUGUCUAUGACUUCAUCCCUGGUGUUCCUGGAAGGGUUGUGGUUGCCCAGAGGCUUUUCUUCAUAAAGAAGGAUAUCAGCAAAGUAUGCAGUGAGUCUUCGGGUGAAAAGUAUUGUCACUGUAACCCUGGAUUUGAGGGAAAUGGCAGCCACUGUGUGGACAAAGAUGAGUGUAUGGAAAGAACGCCCCGAAAGUGUCCCCCCAAGGCUAACUGCAUCAAUUUGUAUGGAUCUUACCAUUGUCGUUGCCCAGCAGGAUUUGAAGAUGGAUUGUACAGCUGCACAGAUAUAGAUGAGUGUGCAAGAGGCACCCACAACUGCAAUCAGGAUGCUACUUGUCUGAACACCCUUGGCUCCUAUUUCUGCAUAUGUCAAAGUGGGUUUAUUGGUGAUGGAGUUCACUGUGAAGCAAAAAGCAGGUGGUUGCCAUGGUCUCCGUGGUCUGUGUGCACAGUCACCUGUGGGUACCAGAACCAGAUACGGAUCCGCCUGUGCAACCAUUCGAAGAGUGGGAUGCACUGUGAGGGGUCGUCUGCUGAUGUCAAGCUCUGUCCCAGUCUGGAACCAUGCCCUACAGCAAAGAGUCAGUGGUCAGCAUGGUCACCUUGGUCAGCAUGUUCACACACCUGCUCUGGGAUUAAGAAAAGAAUCCGGAUGUGCAAUAGUCCCACUCCCUCCCAAGGAGGCUUGCCCUGUGCUGGGUUAAAGGAGGAAAUCGCCUUGUGCAACAAAAGAUGCCCAGUUGAUGGAAUGUGGUCCCCAUGGACACCUUGGACUCCUUGUCUUAUCUCUUGUGGGCUGGGAGUGGUGAGCCGUUCUCGUUGGUGCAAUAAUCCUGCCCCACAGCAUGAAGGAAAAAACUGCACUGGCCAUGCACAUGAGGAAGGCACUUGUGGAUUUCCAGAGAGCGUCUGCCGCUACCUGAGGAGCCCGCGGGGACCGCGCCCGUGAGCGCCCCGCCGGCCCGGCUCCGCGAAGGAAUAAAGGGACGAGAUUGGACAA